CAUCGUGGCUAAGCGGAAGACAACAUUGGAGUUUCAGCCAGCAGCCUGUUUGUCGGAAAGAAUAAGCUAUUUAAUAGAAGAAGUAGAAAAAACAAGCUAAUUAUUAUAGCUUUAUUCUAUACAUUUUGAUAUAUAACGCUUGGAGUGCUACUUUUAAUCAUGGUAAGUACUCAAUAACACUGGUUUUGACUGUUGCUUAUGUCAAAAAGUAGUUAAUCUAACCACAUCGCAUUCGAAAUUCACUAGCUAGCUAGCUAGCAAUUUAACUCAAAGGAAAGAUGCACUGUCACUGUGCGAUUAAAGACAAAAUGAAUAUCUACCUUGCUCAGCUACUUUACUUGUGAAUCGUACCGCUUUAAAAAGAUAUAGGGUGUCACUUGUCAGCUAGUUUUACAGUAGGCUAGCUAGUAACUAUGAAGAUGUUUGAAAUGAAAGGUUGGUUUUUAAAUAAGUCAGGGUAAGUUAGGUACAGUAACCAGCUGGCUAACUGUAUCAAAAUAUAUUAUUUUGACCUAACCUCACUGCCUUUUUGUUUUUCUAAAUAUCUGUCACAGUUUUCCUUCAACAUGUUUGACCACCCGAUCCCACGGGCUUUCCAAAACCGCUUCUCCACUCAAUACCGCUGCUACUCUGUGUCCAUGCUGGCGGGUCCCAACGACCGGUCAGAUGUGGAGAAAGGAGGAAAAAGUAAGUAAUCUAUGUGAUGGCUGUUCUAUAAAUUGUAGACAUUCGAAUACAUCAUAACUAUACCAGGAAUGUAUGGAGUUUAAUAGCUAUGAUUUGCCCCAGUUCCCCAUACAAAAGUGAGUGUAGAGAUUGCAGUUACCCUCAUACUGUCAAUGUAUUAUUUAUUAUCCUGCUCUAAGUGUUCUUCAGUGCUCAUAUCGCUGUAAUAUUUUCUCAUUAUAGUUAUAAUGCCGCCAUCUGCACUUGACCAACUAAGUAAGUAUACUCUUCCUACUUUAUCCAGAUUUAAACUCUGAUCUACAAAUGCCAUUUACCCAACAGAUUGUAUUUUUACCCUUCACUCUUUUCCCCCAAAGGCAGACUUAACAUCACCUACCCCAUGUUGUUCAAACUGACGAACAAGAACUCAGACAGAAUGACACACUGUGGUGUCCUGGAGUUUGUAGCAGAUGAGGGUAUUUGUUACCUGCCACACUGGGUGAGGUUUUAAUAAACAUUCUCAUAGCCCCUGGCAUAAAUCUGAUGCCAUAUUUCAGUUUUCUAUCAAAGGAUGCUUUAAAUUGGGGACAUACAGUGUAUGUUUAUAAGUCACACACAUUAAAAUAUUUGCUCACCUAUAGCCAGCUCCCUGUGGUCAUGACCCUUUGUGUGUAGUGUGUCUUUAGUGACAUGGCUGUCUGUGUGUUUUCCCUGUAGAUGAUGCAGAAUCUCCUGCUGGAGGAAGGAGGCCUGGUUCAGGUGGAGAGCGUUAAUCUCAUGGUGGCCACAUACUCCAAGUUCCAGCCUCAGAGCCCAGACUUCCUGGAUAUCACUAACCCCAAAGCAGUGUAUGUACAGUAAUAGACAUUUAAUUACUUACCUCUGCACAUUCAAGUGCCAUUGAAAAUAGACACAAACUACUCUGAAAUUAUUCUCACAUUCUGCUUCUCUGUCUCAUAGGUUGGAAAAUGCCUUGAGAAACUUUGCCUGCUUAACCACAGGAGAUGUUAUCGCAAUUAACUACAAUGAAAAGGUAACUGUUUAAAGUUAUUGGUAUGAUAUGAUGACUGGGUUACAAAGCAAAACUGUAAUGGAAUUUGACUUUCCAGCAGAAUGUUGUGGGAUGCAGUUGUGCUUGAACUGUUAUCUUUCUAACAUCUGUUUUUCCUCUCUAUACCUAUUUCAGAUCUAUGAACUGCGAGUGAUGGAGACUAAGCCAGACAAGGCAGUAUCUAUCAUUGAAUGUGAUAUGAAUGUAAGAUCCUCUGUACUAUCUAUCAUAGCAUAAAUGGAGACACAACACUAUAGCUUAGAUUAUGGUACCUAAUAGCUCUACCUCACUCAGCCAUACCUGUUGUUGUCUCUCAGGUGGACUUUGAUGCUCCACUGGGUUACAAAGAACCAGAGAGAUGUUACAAAGCACCAGAGGAGCCCAAAGUAAGAACCACACAUGUUGAAUAUUUUACAUUUACAUUUUACAUUUACAUUUUAGUCAUUUAGCAGACGCUCUUAUCCAGAGCGACUUACGUUAGUGAGUGCAUACAUUUUCAUACUGGCCCCCCGUGGGAAUCGAACCCACAACCCUGGCGUUGCAAGCGCCAUGCUCUACCAACUGAGCUACACGGGGCCUAUAUUUCUAAUCUGGUCUCAGUGUUUAUACUGUAUGUUUUGAUUAACUCUAAUCACUCCUCACAACAGGAGGAGGAAGGAGACCCCAGCACUUGGACUGACAUGGACAUGAGAUUCAGAGUGAGUUUUCUUAUUUUUUUCUUACUUACUGCAGUUUGUACACAUACUGUAUGGUUCAUGUUCACUUUCAUUUAUGUGUAUCUCAUGCACAUUCAUUUUCAACUUAACCCAUUAAUGAAUCUAUGAAUACUUCUUCUCUCUAUAGGCCUUCACUGGUUCAGGCAAUCGUCUGGAUGGCAAAAAGAAAGGCAUUGAGCCUAGCCCCGUCCCCAUCGAUCCCAGUGACAUUAAAAGGUUGGGAGCUAUGACCAGUCUAAAAACAACCCCUAGCCCUUUCCCCAUAUCCUGUGACUUUUGUAUUUGCAGAUCAGAGCUGCAUAUCUCCCUGGAUGCACAUGUGACUAGGGUUGCAAAAUUCCGUAACUUUCAAAGGGAAUUUAUAAAAAGUUCCUGGAAUUUUGCACCCUUACAUGUGACAUGACAUCAGCUCUGAUCUUAACCUUUAACCCCUCCCUGUCCCCAUACAGAGGGAUUCCUAACUACGAGUACAAGGUUGGCAGGAUCACCUUUAUCAGAAACUCCAGGCCUCAGCCCAGGAAAACAACAGAGGAUGUAAGUAAGAUGGUCAAAGAAGGAAAAUGUAAUAAACUGCUCAAUCCCUUUCCUACAAAUACUGAAUGACACACAUAAAGGCCAUAUUUAGAUAGUUCAAAUUGGAUGUGCCAAAUUGUUAUGCAUUAAGCAGAAGCUGGUCUUAUUUAUUUUCAGGAGGAUUCAGAAUUCAUCGCCUUCUCUGGUGAGGGACAGUCACUACGCAAGAAAGGUGGUAGAAAGCCUUGAGGCACUACAGUAUUCAACUGCAGAGACUGACUGACUUACUGUACUCUACAUACCCACACACCCAACAUAAGAAACCAAUAAAAGCAGGUAAUGAAAAGAGCUGGGUUCAUUUUUCUGUCCCUUAGCAGGAAUCAGCAAGGUUUUACUUUCCUUUGAUCAUAAUGUAAUGGUCUUGUCCAUGGUCAGCAUGUUAAAAGCACUUAUGAAAAAACUGAAUGGUAGUUAGUCAGUGGAGGCUGCUGAGGGGAGA